AUGAAGGGCUAUGUUCUUCCGUUCCUUUUGACCCUGGUCUCGUUUUGGGCUUGGCCUGGUGCCUCUUCGCCCUUGCAGGUGCUCGAGCAGCGAGCAUCCGGUUACCAGAACAUGGUCUACUUUACAAACUGGGGUAUCUACGGACGCAACUACCAGCCUGCGCAGCUCCCCGCCAACAAAAUCACUUACGUCCUUUACGCGUUUGCUAACCUGCGCUCCACCGGUGAGGUCUACUCGUCCGACACCUAUGCGGAUCUUGAGAAGCACUACGAUGGCGAUUCGUGGAACGAUAUCGGCAAGAACGCUUACGGUUGCGUCAAGCAGCUGUUCAAGCUCAAGAAGGCUAACCGCCAGCUCAAGACGCUCCUGAGCAUCGGCGGCUGGACCUACUCUCCCACCUUCCCGGCCGCCGCCAGCACCGCAGCGACCCGGUCGACCUUUGCCAAGACCGCUGUGACCCUCAUGAAGGACUGGGGCUUCGACGGCAUCGAUGUCGACUGGGAGUACCCUGCUGAUGCCACCCAGGCCGCCAACCUCGUCUCGCUGCUCCAGGCCAUCCGCAGCGAGCUCGACAGCUACAGCGCCGCCCAUGCCGGCGGCUACCACUUCCUCCUGACCGCCGCCGUGCCCGCGGGCCCCACCAACUACAACAAGAUGCAGCUCAAGAACAUGGCCGGCGUUCUGGACCGCUUCAACCUCAUGGCCUACGACUACGCCGGCUCCUGGGACUCGACCAGCGGCCACCAGGCCAACCUGUACCCGAACCCGCAGAACCCGGCCUCGACCCCGUUCUCCACCGACAAGGCCAUCAAGGACUACAUCGCCGCCGGCGUGCCUGCUAACAAGAUCGUCCUCGGCAUGCCCGUCUAUGGCCGUGCCUUUGAGAACACGGCCGGCCUUGGCCAGCCGUACUCGGGUGUCGGAUCCGGCUCGUGGGAGAACGGCAUCUGGGACUACAAGGCGCUUCCGCAGGCCGGUGCUACCGAGCAGUAUGACUCGGUGGCUGGCGCCACUUACAGCUAUGACGCGAACGCGAAAAAGCUCAUCUCGUACGACACGGCCGACAUGGUGACCAGGAAGGUAGCCUACCUCAAGAGCAACGGCCUCGGCGGCAGCAUGUUCUGGGAAGCUUCCGGCGACCGCACCGACAGCAAGAGCCUGAUCAGCACCAGCUACAACGCCCUCGGCGGCAUCGACACGUCGCAGAACCUGCUGAGCUACCCGGACAGCCAGUACGACAACAUCAAGGCCGGUGUCCCCUCUUGA